ACUUAGCAAUAAAGAAGAGACAACAAGGUACAGAAAACUUCAUAAAUUAUAAAUAAAUAUAUGUAUAGUCAUAGUUUACUAGUCAAAAAAGAAGUCUCUAAUCUUGCCAUCACUUAUUCUCUCUAAAAAUCAACUCUGCUGAAUUUUCUAACACUUUCUAUCCAUGGAGAACUUGUUAGGAGGGCUCAAAAUUCAUGUUCAAAGAGGUGUUAAACUUGCUGUCAGGGAUGUAGUCAGUAGUACUAGUGAUCCUUAUGUUGUCAUCAAAAUGGGAAAACAGAAGGUGAAAACUAAGCCAAUGAAGAAGAAUCUGAAUCCUGAGUGGAAUGAAGACUUGACUUUAUCCAUUUCAGAUCUUGAUACUCCAAUCCAUCUACAAGUGUACGACAAGGACAGCUUUACCGUGGACGACAAAAUGGGGGAUGCCAAAAUCGACAUCGGUCCAUUUGUCGAAGCUGUAAAGAUGCGGUUGGAAGGUCUACCGAAUGAUACUAUAGUUAUAAGGGUGCAUCCUAACAGACAGAGUUGCUUAGCAGAAGAGAGUAAAAUUGUUUAUAAAGAUGGUAAAGUUGUCCAAAAUAUGGUUGUUAGACUAAGGAAUGUUGAAUGUGGUGAAGUGGAGCUUCAAAGGGUCUUUAGGUUAGAAAAUAUUUGAAGGCAUGUUAUGUUGUAUAUGUGAAUAUGAUUGUUGUAGCUCCAUAAAUCAACAGCACCUUAUGCUUAAUUUCUCAUCUACUUUGAACUUUUCGGUUUAUUUAUCAUAUAAUUUA